CAUAUUUCACAGGCUAAUUGUGAAAAAAUAAUUGGAUGGGUGGGUGUCCAGAGAUUAGCCUUUCCUCAAAAUUUAAUUUGAUAUGGCCCAAUACGAAGAAUUCAAGUCCAUUGAGCAUUUUGGGCUCUCCUUCCGCCUGUGUGGUCUUCUUCGUCUCUGUGUCUCUGCUUCUCUCACAACAAUACAAGGGUUUAAGCUUUCAUUUCUUCAAUUUUUUCUGAUUUUCUUCACUGGCUCCAAAAGCUAUGCAGGCCCUUAAACGCACAGCAACAAAGACCGAGUUCCAGAGACUCUCGUCCACAAUCACCAAAACCCAUUUCAUAUCCAGCACCAAUUUCAGACCCUUCUCCUCCAACUCAAAGAAAGGCGACGACGACUGGAACGACGCCUGGGAUACCGCCUGGCUCCCGCCCGACCUCUCGGGAAGUAGUAGCAGAGCUCCAUGGGAGACCGACGUCAAUUUCUCGUCUUCAGAGUCGAGCGUAGUGCUUCCGUCAGACGCAGACCUGGAGACCAAGGCGUUCGUGGAGGAUAUGAAUGAGAAUUGGAACGAGAGAAGAAAACCCAAAGAGGAAAAUCCGCAGAAGCAACAGCAGCAGAGUGAGAAUGGGUCGUCGCUUUAUAGUUUGGAUAGUAUUAAGAAGGACUAUAGGGUCAAGAAACAGAGGAUCCAUGCUGGCCUUUGGAUGAAGGAGAUUGAGAAGCAAGAGGAGGCUAAGUUGGCCGACUCGAAUUCUGUCGGGGGCGGGGACGAUAUCGAGCGAUUGCUCGAUAGCUGCUCCGACAUUUUUGAUUCUGCCAACAACGAUUUGGAAAACUCUAAAGUCCCAAGUGCUUCCGACUUCAAAAACAAACCGGAUGGUUGGGAAACGACAUCCAAGGCUAAGGAUGGAAACGUAUGGGAGAUGACCCAGAGAGAAGAAGAUAUUCUUCUCCAAGAGUUUGAGCGUCGAAUUGCGUACAAUAAAUUUCAGUGUCUCUCAGUACUUCUGGUUGUGAAUUCAACCCCUUGUUGCCUGGUAAAGAAAGACUGUUUAUUCUGCAUAAUGGCACCACACCUACAGUUUUCUGCCGAAAAGAGUUUGAAUAUUGCUAGUUUUAUCAAGACUCACAUAUUUAGCCGAAGGAGACCAAUUGAUGGGUGGAAAUACAUGAUAGAGGAGCUAGGGCCAAAUGCGAGGAAAGGGAAGGGUUCUGUUACAAGAUUACCGAGUCUAUCCGAUGCAUCAACCCAACCCUUUAAGGAGGAAAACAGUGCAAUGAGCAGCAGCAGCAUUAUGCCCUUUAAGGAGAGGUAGUUUGCUUUUGGACUAUGUUCAUAUAUUCCCUUGUGCUUGGAGAUUUCGGAGAUUGGGCGGUAAUGACCUUCCGUUGUUUAGAGAUAUCAGCCUCGAAAGAAUGUGUGCAUUUCCUUCAAACCUGCAGUUCCAACUUCUGAAUGGCAUAUUAUCUUGUAAGCCUUCAAUAUGGUUUCGUAGUCACUCACCAAUGACCAAAGGCUUCCAUUCCAUGAUAACCCUUUGUAUAUUUGCUUGCGAAAAAGAACUUAUGGUGCAUCAGAUCUGUCACGUUGACUUGUUACCACAUGAACUUUUAGUUUAAUGGUCCCAAAACAGGUGAAAAGAAGAAAUUUGUUGAUGGCCAA